ACUGGUAACUCCACCUCACUUCUGCUUGUAGCUGAAACCCACAUCACCCUCUGCAGCUCUGACCCUACACAUCACUAAACUCACACUGUUAGGCAAGAUAGGAUCUGGUCCCUCUGCUGCUCUAGUCACUGAUACAAGGAUAACCUCUAAAGAUGCUUCUGUGCAAUCUAACAACUGUGAUAAAGUGGCGACUUUUGUUUGGUAUCCUGAGCAUCCUGACUCUGGGUGAUGCCACAGACAAUUCUACAACUGAAAAUAUAACACUUGUUGAUCCUAAUAUAGUUCAUUCUACCAGUCUGAUCUCAAUCAUUAGUAAACCCACAAGUGAGCCAGUGCAUACAACAAAAAAUGUGUUGCUAAGCCCAACUAAUUCUACAGCACAGAUGAAAGCAGAAACCUCCGUUAUGAGAGGAAUUUCAACAACAUUAGCCAGUGAGGCAAACAAUAUAUCUACUAUAGCUCCAGUUCUCCAGACAUCUCAGAUAACCAUGAGUAACACAACCUCUGGAUCUACCGCUGACAUCGUCACAGAAACAACUACUAGAUUAACAUCAACAUAUUCCUCUACAUUUACUAUUAGCCCUGCAACCAUAGUAGAAGAAACUACCUUGCGUGUAAUAGCAGCUCCAAGCCACAUUGAGUGCGGAAGCUUAGAAAAGCUGGAAUCCAAUCUAGAGGUGGUCUGCUUUCAAUACCCAGAGUAUAUAAGCUGUGACACACUAGAAAAGGAAAAACUAAAGAGUCUUCUGUGUGACAAAAUAAACAUCACUCAAUGUAAUAUAACAUUUUACUUUUCCAAAGUAAAUGCAAAGUGUAUUCUUUGGGUUCCAACCUCAGCAGCAGGAAAGAUACUUAAGGAAAAUGGAAAAAUCUUUGAUCAGGAAACCAUCCUGUUGAAAUGGGGAUAUGUAUCUGAAUAUGUGACACCAUGGCGGAAGGUCACUAUUGCUCUGGUCACCUGUGGCGUUUUGUUAGCUGCUUUUAUUCUGGCUGGCUACUUUCUUUCCAACAGAGAAAGCUGGAGUCCUGGCAGACAGAGACUGGGUGAAGAUCCAUAUUACACUGAGACAGACAGCCAAGGUAACACUCUGGUGUCUGUAUCUGCCUAUGGUCAGGACAAACCCAAUACUGGAACCCGAGAGAAUGGAACAGGUCAAGUGGUCACUCCUGCUUCAACCAAUGGGCACUCAACAAAGAAGCAAACUGUUUCUGAUACUGAACUAUAAACUGAGUAUAAUGCUAAACCAAGAGGAGGCUUUGGAUGGCGAUAUAGACCAAGUCAUUUAUUAUUUGAUGAGAAUUGAUGACUGUUGCUUUAUAGACCCAUGGUAACAAGAAACUUCAAUCCCAAAGUCAGCAACACUGAGAGUAAGCCCAUGCUUAAAACAAUUGUGGGAUUACUAAAAGAUGAUUUUUCUUAAACCAGAUUGUGUUUCCUUUUCACGUAUAACAUUAGGAAACAUUAUUAAACCUUUUAAUGGUGAGUAUCUGGGUAAUGUACAUAAAAAUGGGGGAAACAUAUCUAACAUGUAUUGCUCCAUCAUCUCACGCCUUUCAAACAAGUAAACACCUAAGUAUAGAUACUAAAUGCACACACUGUACACACAGCAUUUGUGUAGUUAUGCACAGAAAGUGCAAGAACAUCCAACCACAGCAAAAUCUAGAGGCGGGCCCGGUGAUCCGCUGCAGCGCCCCAGCCCUGUGGGUCUGCUGUGAAAAGCAGAGAGGCAUACAAGGCCGCAACAUUGCUCAUUGCAGAGCAGAGCCAGGGUCUUGGGGUGGGGUGGAGUGUAUACGGGACUUGGAGACGGGCCUCCUGGCAUUGCAGCCACACCACCUGCACCCACGAUAGUUCUGCCCCUGAUACUUCACAUCUAUCAGUGUGGAUUGACCAGUGCCAAGGGUGCCCCAGGAAUCAUAGCCUAGUUACUGCUAAUGUGCUAAUAAAGUCGCCACAUGGUAAUACAGGUGCUGUACAACUAGACUUAUAAUGAGAUCGAUAUAAAAAAUGGCAAAUUGUGAAAUAUUCAUACUGUAUUAUAGCUUUGUAUUAAUUCUCUUUAACAAAUGAGGACAAAAAUUGCAACAAGUGUGGUUCAAUCACAUUGAAUUAAUUCAUUUUGCCUCAGGCACAGUUUGUGAAGCUACUAUUCUUGUUUUAAUUACAGUAAGAAAAUAGAUAUAUUAUUCUACAGUACAUGUGCUACAGAUGAGCAUAGUAUAAAAUUCAGUACUGCAAGAAUUCUAUCCCAUAGCAUUCCCAUUUCCAUCAGAUCUGAAUUCAGGGUCAUUUAUAUGACAGGCAAACACAAUGCAAUGCCACAUCUCUAUAUACCAGCGUGCAUAACUGCCACAAGCAUAUUAUUUAGAGCAGUUUCUAAGUGUGGCCUACCUCACCGGUGAAUUAAAGACACCUUAAGUACUUGGAAGUGCUGAAAUCAAGCACCUAGUUCAACAACACACUUACUUAUUCAACUACUUACUGUAUUUUGUUUUGUGCUUAAUUACCCACCAAAGCUAUGAACAUUAUUCAUUUGCAUUCAGGAUCACAUUUGACUUACAUUUUUUAGGAGACGCACACUGCAAACCUCUAGCCCUCUUGUGAUAACUAUACCAAGCCUCAUGCAGUCAUCUGUGCCAUAGUAGUAGCUGUGUACCUGGAUGCGCACUUUCUGUUACAACCUCAGCUUAACAGCAUUUCCCAAGUAGCAACCAAAUGGCACCUGAACAGAAAGGCAAUAAUUGGGGUCCUGGGACCUCCAUGUUUAGUUUAUUUCAUCCUCAGGAAUGUCGUGUUGCCUUUCUUCUGCACCAGGGCAUGACACGCUUUUAUGCUUGUAAUGCCAGCUGAACACUCCUAGCUGCCCAUUGUACACCUAACAAGGGGAAUCGUCUUAGGUUCCAGAGCUGGUCACAAACAUGAAAAUACCGGCACAUGAAAGGUAUUGGCAGCUGUAGAACGAAGAUGUGCCUGCCUGUCAUAAGUGACCCAGUUCUGUCAUGUUUAGGCAAACUGGACUUAUUCUAUAACCCACACUACCAUGGCAUAAUAAUGCUCAUACGAAUGUCCUGUGCUUUCACUGAAACUGUAUUUCACGUGAAUAUAUACAUAUGUUUACUGUACUAUAUAUGAACAGAAAAAUCCUACAUUUAGGGGGACAUUUACUAAGCAGUGAUAAGAGCGGAGAAGUGAGCCAGUGGAGAAGUUGCCCAUGGCAACCAAUCAGCACCGAAGUAACAUCUAUAAUUUGCAUACUAUAAAAUGAUACAGAGCCGCUGAUUGGUUGCCAUGGGCAACUUCUCCACUGGCCCACUUCUUUGCUCUUAUCAAAUGUCCCCCUUAGUUUUGGGAUAAGUUACAAAAUGUACAUAGUUAUACUUACCUACAGGGCUGCACUGACCGUGUCCCCAAAGCUUCAAUGUUCCAGCACUACUCCUCUCGGCUACUAAAGAAACAAUGGUGUUAAUGUGCGCUCAGCAGUCCUUUAGUAGGAUUACAUAAGACUGGUGCCGCAGAAUUAUAAUGCAGCCCAAAUAUUAAUCAGUUCUGAUAGGACCAUAUGUUUAUACCCACAUGCACGCGCGCAUGCACGCUCAUGUGGGUGUAUAUAUAUAUAUAUAUAUAUAUAUAUAUGUGCUCUCCGCCAUCGCACUCACGACUAUUCGCAGGUGCGACUGGUCUGCCGCGACUAGCUUGCCCAUGCAGCACGAUCCAUAGGAAAUGUAUUGUGCGAUAGCUGGGCACAUGUAGUUGCUGCUGCGAUGCGGGCAUAUGUGCAAACGCAUCACAACAGCUAUGAGCAGGGGCACGUAUAUAUAUAUAUAUAUAUCUGUGUGUAUGUUUGUGUGUGUGUGUAUAUAUAUUUAUUUACACACACACACACACUGUAUGACUGCACAGUAUGUCAAUGUCACCAGUAGCUCUCUAGUGAAUGGCAUCUUGAAUUUUAGGUUUGGUGGUCCUCUAAGUGAGCUAGAUACAGUUCCACAUUAUUCUUUUUGAUAUUGCUUUUCUUGGUAAUUGUAAGAUUAUGAGUUUUAUUCUCUUAGUAAAAAGAUUGAUAAAUCUAUGAAA